GCAAAAUCGAGUACGCAAACGGAUGGAAAGGCUACUUGCACAUUUCAACCGAAUUAUGCCUUUGAGGUUCCUGGAUGGUACACUGGACACCAAAGCCAAGUGUGAGCUUCUGGAGGAUUUAAAUACUUCUAAAGUGGCAUGUGAAUGUGAAUGUCAUGGAAGGUCAAGCUUGGCAACGGUGGAAACUUCUGUGGACAUGGAGGAGGAUAAGAAUGAGCCAGAACAAUUUAUGCAUUACUUGUCUGAUGCAAUUGAUAAGGCUGUGCAGGCAUGCAUUGAAAGUGAGAUGUUUUCUGCCAAUCUUCAAUUACCUAAAGCUUCUGUCAAAGGAGUCUCCCCAACCAAGAAGAAGAAGCUAGUCAAAGGAUUGGAAAAUCUCUCGUAUACCAGUAACAUUGCUUUCCAGUUGGCUGCCACUUUAAGGCGUGCACGGUCAGAAAAAGAGGAUGAAAGACAGUCAAAGUUCUCUGGAAACUCGGCAGUAGGCCAGCUGCCUUCUGAGUUGACACCUCGAAGUAUUGGAGAAAAGUUGGCGCAGUCAUUGUCUCAGAUGGGUGAAACAUCUGGCUUCUUGAUCCAAGCAUGUGACGGACAUCUGAACUUUUGUUCUAUCUCAGAGCACACUCCAGCGGAUAAGACUGGCCAAGAAAAAUCUCUCUCUAAAGAAUCUCCAAGGAGAAGUGGAAACAAGAGAAGAUGUAUGGUGAGGUGCUGUAAAUGUUGUUCAGGAAAUAGGCAGAAGCUUGAGAUUCUUCUGAAAAGAUCCACUUUUGAGCCCGAAGAAUUUGAGUUGUAUAGGCGAUAUCAGGUGAAAGUGCAUGAGGACAAUCCAGACCAUAUCACAGAGAGUGGGUACAGGAGUUUUUUGGUUGACACACCAUUGGUAUUUGUUCCCUCGACCAGUGAUGGUUCAGUUCCUCCCUGCGGUUUUGGGUCUUUCCAUCAGUCAUAUGUUAUUGAUGGCCGAUUAGUUGCAGUUGGUGUGGUGGAUAUCCUUCCUAAAUGCUUGUCGAGUAAAUAUUUAUUUUGGGACCCUGACUUUGCCUUUUUAUCUUUGGGAAAAUAUUCGGCUUUGCAAGAAAUAUCUUGGGUGAAGGAGAAUCAAGUUCACUGCCCCAGUCUUCAGUAUUAUUACCUUGGCUUUUACACUCAUUCAUGCAGCAAGAUGAGAUAUAAAACAGCGUAUUGGCCAUCUGAGCUUCUAUGUCCCCUUCGUUACCAGUGGGUUCCCUUCAACGUUGCAAAGCCUCUGCUAGAUAGAAGUAAGUAUGUUGUCCUGUCAGAUUAUAAAGAUGAAGAUGAGAAGCCAUUGCUGCCUCCAGUUUCUGAUCAUGUCAGUGAACAUCAGCAUGAGGAAAGUGAGCAUAAGGACUCGAAUGAUCGUUUAGUUGGAGAUGAAGAAAUGUUUGACCUUGGUGAUAAGGAAAUUGGAAAUACUCUGAUAGGAUUAGGGGGGUUUCGCCUGAGAUACAAGGAUCUGCAACGGCCCCUUGGUUUUGUUGAUUGGAAAUACCUGGAAGCCCAAGUGCAGAGGCAUGUGAGAGUGGUCGGUCGAGAGUUGUCUGAGCGAAUGGUCUAUUUACUUGGAGGAGGAGGAGGAUGA